AUGGACGGAGGCCUGUGGCAGCGCGUGGGGCCUGGCGGCCUCCGACAAAGCGCGGUAGACGUUCCGCCCGAGUUUGCUGCAGCAGCAGCUGCUGCUGCUGCUGUUGCAGCCGACGAAGAGCAACAGACAGCCGCAUGCCAAGACCUAGCAGACAAGCUAAGCCCCGAAAGCAACUGCAGCAGCAAUUGCAGCAGCAACUGCAGCAGCAACUGCAGCAGCGGCAGCGACGUGUCGUUGGGGCCAGAAGUGUGCGCCUCCACUCUCACAACUGACACAGAGGCCCUGAGCCAGUGCAGCAGCGAGGCCUUUCCCGCGAAGCGCGAGCUGCUGCAGCAAGCAGCAGCAGCAGCAGCGCCUCCUGCAGCAGCAGAGCUGUCGCCCAGCGCGGCCGACGCAGCAGCAGCCGCUGAGCAGCAGGAACAGCUGCUGCUCAUGCUGCAGCAGCAGCAACCCAUUUGCGAGCCCCCCGCGUCGAUAGACGAGCAGCAGCUGCUGCUGUCGCUGCAAGCCCACCAGCAGCAGCUGCAGCAGCAAUACCUUUCCCAGUCGCAGCGAGCUGCAGCAGCAGCAAGACCCCCACAAACCCCUCCAGAGGGGGCCCCCCUGAGGCCCCUCACUCCCCAGGGCAGGAGGCCCUACGCACGUCCCGCCUGCUACGGCGCAGCAGCACCCUGGAUAGCAUCAGUGCAGCAGCAGCAGCAGCAGCAGCAGCAGCAGCAGAAGGCGGCGGUGCCUGCCGGCACGCAGCAGCAGCAGCAGCAGCAGCAGCAGCAGGAACAGCGUCCGAAGUGCUGCUGA